GGUUUGCUCUCUUUGGUGAAUUCUCUGCCUCCAGUCUAACGAGCGCAGUCUGUAGUUGCGUGAUCACAGCUGGUCUCUCCUCAGUCAUCCAGCAAGACUCCUGUACCACCACACACACUGUACACUAGAUCCUGGAUUUGAUCAGAAAUGUUUUUCUGUAGAUCUGCUUGGCAGAGACUGGGGCUCCUGGCACGAAUGACAGUCGCCCUACCCCUAUCCAGAAAUGUGGUUCCAGUGCGGCAGAUGUCCGUCGGGAUCCCCGGUGGCUCUGCCACCAACGUGGCGUACGCUGUUCUGUGUGGAGGAGGCCUCACUGCCGCUGUAGUCUACGCUUACAAGACUGUGAAUGGUGACAGUGAGCGGUACAAUGACAGACUCGCCGAGAUGAACUCGAGGCCCAAGGAAGCAGCACCAGCAGCAGAGGAAGUAGAAUCCCCAGAAGAACCGGCACCAGUAGAAGCAGAGGUGUUAGCCGAGGUGGUCGCUGAGACAGCCGCCAUCGAGGAGGUGCCUGCAGCAGCAGAGGAAGUCGUGGCAGAGGUCACAGCCGAAUCCGUUGCUGUCGUAGAGGCGGUUGCAGAGGUUGCUGUGGAACCAGAGGUCGUCGCAGUUGAGGUGCCCGCAGUGGAAGUCGCCGUGGUUACGGAAGAAGCUGCCCCGGAGGCUGUCGCAGAGGCGGCUCCUGACGCCGUGGAGGCGGCUCCUGACGCCGUGGAGGCGGCUCCUGACGCCGUGGAGGCGGCUCCUGACGCCGUGGAGGCCGCCGGUGAGGAAGUUGUGGCCGAAGUAGUGGCUGAGACUGCUCCCACCGCCCCUGAGGCAGAAGCUGCCCCUGCCGCCGAGGUGGCAGCAUAAGGGGUCAGAGGUGAAAGGUCAACCUAGAGGGGUGGGUUUAGCUGUGGUGUGUCCCUCUUACUACUACCCCCCCCUCCCAACCCUAAACCUGACCCCCCCCCCACAGGCCCCAGCUACACCCUAUUCCCUGUGUAGUGUGCUACUUUUCCUGGUCUAAAGUAGCGCCCUACGUAUGGAGUAGGGUGCCUUUUUGGAUCACAGCCCCCUAUCUACUAGCACAUGUUACAAUAAGAAGCAGGAGGUGGACUAUGUUCUGUUAAAGAACACUUCAGUUAGGUAUGAUGUCAUGGUGAUGGGGACAGCUGUCUCUUCUCAUUCUGACUCCUUUACAGCAGAGCUAUAACCAGGGGUAAAUACAGAGCUGUUUCAGGUUUUUAUUAAUACCGGUCUAUUUGUCAAGCAAUAUGGUCGUAUUUAUCACUGGGGACAGGAGUUUUUUUUCUGGUCGGAUCAUGGUUGUUGGGGUAAACUCCUGGCUCUGUUUUUCUGAGGAGUUCCUAGGUGUUAAAGGGGAUGUAAAGGGAGAUAUUGGAUUCAUGAUGGUACAUGUUGUCCUGACCCCCAAACCUAUGUGCCUUUGAAAUGCACCCUAUUCCCUAUAUAGGACCUAUAGGCUCUGGUCAACAGUAGUACAUCACUAUAUAGGAAAUAGGGUGCCAUUUUUGGACAAUUCUAAUGUAAAGAUUCAAGAUGGAUUUAGGAUUUCUAGAUAAUGUCAGUGUUAUCUUGGCUUUAAAUCAAGUUUGCACUCCCAUUUUGACGAUGCGUUGAACGUGCUCCAAAUUCAGAUUAAAGUAAGGUAGUGUUAUGAACCUCGACACGAUAAGCACUUCAAGCAGGUUAAAUGGUUAUUAUGCAAAUAAUAAAUAUACUAGUCGGAGAAGCAUUUGAAUUGCUUUUUGAACGGCAUCUUAUUGUGAAAUGUGACCAAAAACCUGCUAUCUCCUUCCUCCUUCCUGCUCUCUCUCCUCUAAGUGCUGCUCACACCUCUCCCUAGGAUAAGCUCUAGAAGGAUUAGUCGGUGAUUUCAUAAAGCUCAGUGUUCCAGUGCCCAAAUGGAACUCCCAGUGAUUGGAACUUUGGGGAACAAUUGGAUCAGUUGGUUCUCUGUGUCUUCGCUGAUCUCUUUAUGACAUCAUCUCUGUCUGAUCCUUCUCAUCACAUCCUAGACACUGUGCCAGGGAGAAGUCUGCCCCCACCAAGCACAGAUAAGGGAUCAGUUCCCCCUUGCCCCCAAUGCUGAGAACAUAGGGCUGCAACCAGUGGUUCCAGAAGUGGAUUCUCAACCCUCAAAACCCGUAGUGGUAUCAAAUAUUAUCAAUAUUACUGUGCAACGUAGACGUUCUAUUUUCAACCGAGAUUGCGAAACAAUUUCUUAUGUUGAUGUAGUGUCCAUCGGUUAUGAAUGUUUAAACCUCUGAGAAAUCUCGUUUGUGCUCUGUUUGUUUCAAAGAGCACUAAAGCCUACACUAACCAUGGCGCCUCGCGGUCUGUAUCGUCCAAUCACAGAGCAGGUAGAAGUCAUGUGAUCUGUUAGCGGCACAUGAUGUGGCACCGAACAGAUGACGUGACUUGGAUCUGCUCUGUGAUUGGAAGAUACUACAGCUAUCGCGUACCAUCAUGUGUUCGCUAACAAACCACAUGACUUGUAUUCUGCUCUGUGAUUGGAUGAUACAGACCGCAAUGCUGUAGGAGAUGAGUAGUUUGUUUGCCCCCCCCUAACUCUGGUACACUUUUAUAAAAACAUUUGAAAGCCAUUUCUAAUCUUUUCAAUUAUUGGUUCAUCCUGGAGAUGUGUAGCUAUUCAUCAUUUGAAACCACAGUAAGCAGCAUGUAUUUUAAACAAGUGUUUAUACAAAGAAUUUGUGGCCCUGUCAGUUCCUGGAACCAUAACCGUGGAAAGAGGGGCGCGGCCUGUUGCAGCCCUAGGAAUUGUUUAAUUAAAAGCGGGUCUUGGAUAAGUGCUUGGUGGGAAGUGACUUCCACUAAAAUGCACCUUUUUUAAAUACCUGUUGUUUACAGAACCUGAGCCUCUACCUUGAACUUCAAACCUCACUUAACAAACUGUAGUAGUGAAUUUGUCCUUUACCUGCCUUACCUCCUAGUGGAGCACCUAGUGGACCGUUUUAUCUAGACGAGUCCACUACUAGUUUAAUCAACCAACACUCAAGUUUGCCUUGUAACCACGGUGACUGACACACAAACCAGCCAAGACUUACAUGAUGUAAUGAAGCUGUCCAGGACGAUGCCCCCAGGCUGCAUCCCAAAUGAUUCCCUGUAUGGAACCUUUAUUUAACUAGGCAAGUCAGUUAAGAACAAAUUCUUAUUUACAAUGACGGCCUACCCCGGCCAAACCCUCCCCUAACCCGGAUGACGCUGGGCUCUAUAGUGCGCUUACGUUUCACCAGAGCCCUAUGGUGUGGCCUAUUGGCCUUGGUUAAAACUAGUGCGCUUUAUAGAGAAUAGGGUGCCAUUUGUGAUGCAGACAUACAUUCUACUACUAAUACUGUCACACUAAGUGUUUUUUUCCCCUUUAGCCAACCAAUCAUUCACCAUCUCUCAAUAGAACUUCAAAAAGUCCAAGCCGUUUUGUUUAUUUGCUUGCGCCGAUGCUGUUACAAGUCUGUCUUUUUAUUUCCUAACUGUGAAAGGUAAACAUUAAGGGAACAUUUUAUAAUAACCCAACAAUCUCACUUCAACACUACUGUUCUAUUGAUCUCCAAUCCAUCGACAUUGGAAAUGUUGUACUGUCUGGAGAUGAUCGCCAUGGGCCAACUAAUAAUGCGCCAUUGUUGACAACUUUUAAGGAAAUGUUUUAUAAAGUAUCAGUGAAGAAGUAAAUCAGGAAGCUGAAGUCCUUCAAUAAAGACGUUGUCAGUUA